CGGGCGCGGGGCCGGCGGCGGUUGGCGGCGCGCAGCGCGGCAGUUCGGUUGGCUGAGCGGGAUCAGAGCGGGGAUUGCGAGAGCCGGCGCCAUGGUAGAGAAGGAGGAGGCCGGCGGCGGCAUCAGCGAGGAGGAGGCGGCGCAGUAUGACCGGCAGAUCCGUCUCUGGGGAUUGGAGGCCCAGAAACGGUUGCGGGCCUCCCGGGUACUUCUUGUUGGCAUGAAAGGACUCGGGGCUGAAAUUGCCAAGAAUCUCAUCCUGGCGGGAGUGAAGGGACUGACCAUGCUGGAUCAUGAACAGGUAUCUCCAGAAGAUCCCGGAGCUCAGUUCCUCAUCCGUACUGGAUCUGUUGGCAGAAACAGAGCUGAAGCCUCUUUGGAGAGAGCCCAGAAUCUCAACCCCAUGGUGGAUGUGAAGGUGGACACUGAAAAUAUAGAAAAGAAACCUGAAUCGUUUUUCACUCAGUUUGACGCAGUAUGUCUGACUUGCUGUUCCAGAGAUGUCAUAAUUAAAGUUGACCAGAUCUGUCACAAAAACAGCAUCAAGUUCUUUACAGGAGAUGUUUUUGGCUACCAUGGAUACACAUUUGCCAAUCUUGGAGAGCAUGAAUUUGUAGAGGAGAAAACCAAAGUUGCCAAAGUUAGCCAAGGAGUAGAAGAUGGGCCUGAUACCAAGAGAGCAAAACUUGAUUCACCUGAGACAACCAUGGUCAAAAAGAAGGUGGUCUUCUGCUCUGUUAAAGAAGCCCUGGAAGUGGACUGGAGCAGCGAUAAGGCAAAGGCAGCUCUGAAGCGCACAACUUCGGAUUACUUUCUCCUUCAAGUGCUCCUGAAGUUCCGCACAGAUAAAGGAAGAGAUCCGGCUUCUGAUACCUUUGGGGAAGAUUCGGAGCUGUUGCUCCAGAUUCGGAAUGAUGUGCUCGAUUCCCUGGGUGUUAGUCCUGAUCUGCUCCCGGAAGACUUCGUCAGGUACUGCUUCUCUGAGAUGGUCCCAGUGUGUGCCGUGGUUGGAGGGAUACUGGCCCAGGAAAUUGUGAAGGCCCUGUCUCAAAGGGACCCUCCUCACAACAAUUUCUUCUUCUUUGAUGGCAUGAAGGGGAAUGGCAUUGUCGAGUGCCUUGGCCCCAAGUGAACCCAAGACCUGGCAACCGGAUGCGACCCACCGUGUGCCCACGUGUUCCCUGUCCCCUUCUAGCCCCAUAGGCAUCUCCAGGCGAGGGAAAAUUGAAUACAGACCAUUUCCUGCAAGCAGUGAGGUGUGCGGGGUUCUACUUCUAGCACUAGCGGCUGCUAAGCCUGGAUGUGGCCACUGGCCACCUCCCUUUGGGCGCUUUGGAACUGAGUUCCAGCCAGGACUUGCCCACUCCACUCUGCUCCCCUCAGUGGCAGUCACCUGAAAUGAAAGUCCCUGAUGCCUCCCUCCCUGAUGGUUCCUUCACUGUUGGGGCCGCUCCCAGGAGCAGCAUGCGUGCUGCCCAGGGGCCUCUGCCACCUCGUAGGCUUUAUUCCCCGCCUACUGUCAGGUAGAGGAGCUUGACUACAGGUGGGGACCAAGGCCCAGGCUGAGGAAACACUAGUGCGAUCGCAGUUCCAAGCACAGACAGGUGUUCUUAGAGAGGGAAAACAGUGGAAUGUAUUUCCUCCGAAGUCUGAAGUCCUGAAAAACAACAGGUGGCAUCUGGUGUGCUGCUCUUGAGUUUUAGUUUAGGAUUAGUUGAGUUCCAGCCUGGAUUUUGGAAGAGAGGAAAUGUUAGCAAGUCCCUUUGGGUAUUAGGGCGAGACCUUGCAAAUCGAGUAUUAGUUGAAAACUUGUUUAAAAAGGCAGAUUCCAGGGCCCGCCCCCGGCAUGCUGAUUCUUUGGGGCCCAGAUAGGAAGGAGGAGCCUGGCCUUAGUUAGCAGAGCCCCUUAGCCAUUGCGCCCAGACCGCUGUGGGAGGCUGUCGCUUUAAGGGCUGUGUGGGUCUUUCAUUUGUCCCCUGAAUCGCAGAUGUUUGUGUUUUUUAGAUGUUUUAGAUUUCCUUGGCUGUUUAAAAAGGAAUAAUAGAAAUAAAGUUAUUUGCUUUGGGAUUUGUUUGUUUUUCUUCUAUGCUAGAAACUUCU